UGGAGCGGGGAGGAGGAACAGUUGGAAAAGGGACACGCGGCUCGCAAAACAUAAAAACGAUCCCUUGUUUUCCAAGGUCCGGGCCGGGCUGUUGUGGGAGGCGCGCUGAGCUCAACUUGCACAUUGCUGGUCUCUAGGAUGUCGCCUGCUCUUUCAUCCCUGAGCUGCCUCCUGCACGCGGCGACGCCUGCGAGAACUGCAGGCACCAAGCGUCCCGGCGCCGGCACGAAAGUAUUAUGAGGGAGGCCGAGGACACCACGCCCCGGACAGAGACGCGGCCCUGGGACUAGCAGAGCACUUCCGGGAGGAUGCUGGGCGUCUGCAGGGGGAGGCGGAAGUUCCUGGCGGCCUCGCUCACCCUGCUGUGCAUCCCGGCCCUCACCUGGGUCUACCUGUUCGCCGGGAGCUUCGAAGAUGGGAAGCCCGUGUCACUGUCCCCGCUGGAGUCCCAGGCCCACAGCCCCCGGUCCCCAGCCUCCAGCCCCCGGGAGCGCGAGGGCUUGGAGGCCAGGGUGCGAGAGGUGGAGGAGGAAAACCGGGCCCUGCGUCGCCAGCUCAGCCUGGCCCGGGGCCGCCCGCCCGCCCCCCGCCGCGGCAACCACACGGGCACCUACUCGGUGGAGGAGGGCACCGGCGACAGCGAGAGCCUGCGUGCGGGCAUCGUGGCCGGCAACAGCUCUGAGUGCGGGCAGCAGCCGGCCGUGGAGAAGUGCGAGACAAUCCACGUCGCCAUCGUCUGUGCCGGAUACAACGCCAGCCGGGAUGUGGUUACCUUGGUCAAGUCCGUCCUCUUCCACAGGCGGAACCCCCUACAUUUCCACCUCAUCGCCGACUCCAUCGCAGAGCAGAUCCUGGCCACCCUCUUCCACACCUGGAUGGUGCCCGCUGUGCGUGUGGACUUCUACAAUGCGGAUGAGCUCAAGUCUGAAGUUUCCUGGAUCCCCAACAAGCACUACUCCGGGAUCUACGGCCUCAUGAAGCUCGUCCUCACCAAGACGCUCCCCGCCAACCUGGAGCGAGUCAUCGUCCUGGACACCGACAUCACCUUCGCCACCGACAUCGCGGAGCUGUGGGCCGUGUUCCACAAGUUCAAAGGGCAGCAGGUCCUGGGCCUGGUGGAGAACCAGAGCGACUGGUACCUUGGGAACCUGUGGAAAAACCACCGCCCGUGGCCGGCGCUCGGAAGGGGCUACAACACAGGGGUGAUCUUGCUGCUGCUGGACAAGCUACGCAAGAUGAAGUGGGAACAGAUGUGGAGACUGACAGCUGAGCGCGAGCUCAUGGGCAUGCUGUCCACGUCCCUGGCGGACCAGGAUAUAUUCAACGCAGUCAUCAAGCAGAACCCCUUCCUGGUGUACCAGCUCCCCUGCUUCUGGAACGUGCAGCUCUCCGACCACACCCGCUCCGAGCAGUGCUACCGGGACGUGUCGGACCUGAAGGUCAUCCACUGGAACUCGCCCAAGAAGCUCCGGGUGAAGAACAAGCACGUGGAGUUCUUCCGCAACCUCUACCUGACCUUCCUGGAGUACGACGGCAACCUGCUGCGCCGCGAGCUCUUCGGCUGCCCCAGCGAGGCCGGCGUGGCGGACGCCAGCAGCAAGGACCUCCAGAAGCAGCUGUCGGAGCUGGACGAGGACGACCUGUGCUAUGAGUUCCGGCGGGAGCGCUUCACGGUGCACCGCACCCACCUGUACUUCCUGCACUACGAGUACGAGCCGGCCGCGGACAGCACCGACGUCACGCUGGUGGCCCAGCUGUCCAUGGACAGGCUCCAGAUGCUCGAGGCCAUCUGCAAGCACUGGGAGGGGCCCAUCAGCCUGGCCCUGUACCUGUCGGACGCCGAGGCCCAGCAGUUCCUGCGCUACGCGCAGGGCUCCGAGGUGCUCAUGGGCCGCCACAACGUGGGCUACCACAUCGUGUACAAGGAGGGCCAGUUCUACCCCGUGAACCUGCUGCGCAACGUGGCCCUGAAGCACAUCCGCACGCCAUACAUGUUCCUGUCCGACAUUGACUUCCUGCCCAUGUACGGGCUCUAUGAGUACCUCAGGAAGUCUGUCGUCCAGCUGGACCUCGCCAACACCAAGAAGGCGAUGAUCGUGCCUGCAUUCGAGACGCUGCGCUACCGGCUUUCCUUUCCUAAGUCCAAGGCGGAGCUGCUGUCCAUGCUGGACAUGGGGACCCUCUUCACGUUCAGGUACCACGUCUGGACAAAAGGCCACGCACCCACAAACUUUGCCAAGUGGCGGACUGCCACCACGCCUUACCGGGUGGAGUGGGAGGCCGAUUUCGAGCCGUACGUCGUCGUGAGACGGGACUGCCCUGAGUACGACCGCAGGUUCGUGGGCUUCGGCUGGAACAAGGUGGCCCACAUCAUGGAACUAGACGCACAGGAGUAUGAGUUCAUCGUGCUGCCCAACGCCUACAUGAUCCACAUGCCCCACGCUCCCAGCUUCGACAUCACCAAGUUCCGCUCCAACAAGCAAUACCGCGUGUGUCUCAAGACACUCAAGGAAGAAUUCCAGCAGGACAUGUCCCGCCGCUAUGGCUUUGCCGCCCUGAAAUAUCUCACGGCCGAGAACAAUAGCUAGCGUCUGGGAAAGCCACUGCCAGGGACAGACACGCCGUGGGGGACAGCCACACCCGCCGCCUCGGCCCGCUGGUGCCCAGCCUUCCAGGUCACAGUCAGCAGCCCUUCUUCGGUUUGUUUUUCUUGUCUUCUGGCUCCACCAAGCUGCUGUCACCACAAUCUUAGACCAGGGUCCAGCAGCCUCUCUCUGCAGCUCAGAAUACAGGACAACAGCGCAGUGGCACCAGUGGCUUGGAGAAAGGGAUGUGGAAGGGGAGAGCGGGCGAGGGCUCCUCGCACUGCGGAGCCAAGACCCAGGCCGGGCGCGUGGACGAACGUGGGCCUGUGCAGGCCUGGGGCGGGAGAGGCGGCGGCGGGGUGCUGGGCACCAGCACCCCAGGAGGUCAGAAUGAGGCGGGGCUUCCCUGAGGAAACCAUCCUGGGUUCUCGGAGUGCAGCGGGUCAGGACACAGGCCAAGGGUGUGGCACAGCCAUCGGGAAAAGUCCCCGGUCGUGGCGCCCACCUGCCGGGACCUGGAGGAGGGUUGACGGGUUCUUUAUCCUCAAAGCCACUCUUGUUUUGUUUCAUUUUGUUUUAGUUUGGGGGAUUUGGUUUUAUUUUUAGUCUGGGAAUCCAAAAUGGAAAAGCUGGCUCUUUAAGGCUGUAGAGGAAAAUCCUCCACCUCCACCUGCUCCUCCAUCAGGGCACGGGGAAACGAGUCCCCACAGAGCCUGAGAUUCGGCCGGUCCUCCAGGUCAGUGCCAGAGCCUGGAACUCAGGAUUUCCCGUGCCGAGGGGGCACAGGCAGUGAGGCCUUGGGGACAGUGACCAAUCCUCAAGGGGAGGGCGUGGGAGGCACGACACGGAGGGGAGCCUACUCCGGUUCCAGGGGCCUGGCUCUGGAGACUGGCAGGCCGUGGGGGCUGCAAGAGUCUGGAGACCAGCAGUGGAGGGGGUCCUCACCUCCGUCUCCUCAAGCCCUGACGGCGACAGCACCCUCAGCUGCACAGACGAGGGGACACUGGACUUCCUCCCUGUCCCAUGCUCCUCACGUUCAUGUCGCGUUUACACUGACGGGAAGAGCGCGCCCUCCACUGCGGGGCUGUCUGUAUCAAGUUGCCAUGUGACCAGCGAAAGCUGCAUUCAAUAAACGGAAGUUCAGACUGUU